GCGUCGUAGCAUAAAAAUAAAAAUAUUAGUGCGCCAUCGGAGUCCAAAUAUUAUAAUUUAUUUAUUAUUAAAUAAAAGUGGUAUGUUUGGUUAAUGGAAAUGAGAUUGGUGUAUGAGUUUCCGCAGAUUCAUAUUUGAUUGUUGCAGAAUUCAUUGCACAGUAGUGUCAGUGCGGCCUCCAACAAUUCUAUUUCUCUCCGCUUCAUAGCUCUCGCGCUUUCCUGUUGUUCUUCACACACACACACUGACUUUUAUCUAUACGUCUUCCAUUUCGGUAUAUACGUAUAUUGAUACCCCAACACGGAGGUGAAUACCCAAGCAGGAUUCUGUGUGGAGCUUUAUUUCAGCUGGGAAUUCAUUCCCGAGCUGAACUCGUGUGACUCGGAUUAAUCGAAUCUGUGGCGAGAUAGUUAUCAUGAGACUCAAUGGACUAUGUAGUUUCCUAUGAAGGCACCCAAGUCAUGGAGGUGGCCGACGAAGAAACAACAUUUCUUUUUUGACAAGAAUCGCAGGGAGCAUUUGGAGCAAAAAUGAGACAGCUGCCGUUUAUGGGAGUUGUCUGUACAAUAAUGUUGUUCAUUAUAUACAGGACAACAAAAUAUCAGUAUCAACAGACAGAGAUGGAGUCAAAAUUGUAUCCAUUCUACACAUUACAGGAGUCAGGCAUGGAGUCCAAAAGUUUGGAGAGUUUGCCUCGAGGUAUCAUCGAAGCAAGGUCAGAUCUGGAGUUAAAGCCUUUGUGGACAACUAGCAGUUCCAAGUCAAUGGUCAGUGUUCGGAGCUCUAAUAAUUUGCUAGCAAUGCCUGUUGGAAUUGAGCAAAAGCAGAAUGUUGAUACUAUUGUUCAAAAGUUUCUUUCAGAAAAUUUCACAAUUGUUUUGUUUCACUAUGAUGGCAACUUGGAUGGUUGGUGGGAACUGGAAUGGAGUAAGAAAGCUAUUCAUAUAGUCGCGCACAAUCAAACUAAAUGGUGGUUUGCAAAACGCUUUCUACAUCCCGCUGUCGUGUCUAUUUAUGAUUACAUAUUCCUGUGGGAUGAAGAUUUGGGGGUGGAGAAUUUCCAUCCUGGAAGGUACCUGGACAUUGUAAGAUCAGAAGGACUUGAAAUAUCUCAGCCGGCUUUGGACCCAAAUUCAACUGGUAUACAUCACAGGAUCACAAUAAGAAAUAGAAUGAAUAUAUUCCAUAGAAGAGUCUAUGAUGUCAGAGGUAGUAUUAAGUGCUCAGAUGAUAGCGAGGGGCCGCCAUGCACUGGUUUUGUGGAAGGUAUGGCUCCUGUAUUUUCGAGAUCAGCAUGGCGUUGUGCCUGGCACUUGAUACAGAAUGAUCUUGUUCAUGGAUGGGGAAUGGACAUGAAACUCGGCUACUGUGCACAGGGGGAUCGAACCAAAAAGGUGGGAGUAGUUGACAGCGAAUACAUAGUUCAUCAGAGUAUACAAACUUUGGGCGGGGCAUCUGCAAGAAAGGUUGCAAAGCCUGAAGAGACCACCAAGAGGCACGCUGUUGACGUGAGAUCAGAGAUUAGGAGGCAAUCAGCAAUAGAACUUCAAAAGUUCAAGGACCGAUGGGAACGAGCUGUUAAGGAGGACAAGAAUUGGGUCGAUCCAUUUGCUUCAACCCAUUUUCGCUAUUUUUGGCGCAACCGUAUGGUUUAACUAGUUUAAUCUGUUACACCCUCCUGUAAUUUUACGUAGUUUGCAUAGCCUGACAAUUGACAAUAUGAAGAAAGCAUGAGAGGCCAAAAGUUGUAGAAGUGAAAGAACAGUGAAAACGAAGUUAUGAUCGGUCUAUUAUUCAAAUUCAUUUUGUUAA